AUGAUGAAAAACUUUACUGUUUUUGAAAAAUUGGGAGAAGGGUCUUUCUCAACAGUGUUAAGAGUAAAACGGUAAUCUGAUCAAUAAGAAUAUGCCAUGAAAAAAGUGAGGAUGGGAUAAUUGAAGGAGAAGGAGAAAGAGAAUUCUCUUAACGAGAUUCGUAUUCUGGCCAGCAUUUCGCAUCCGAAUAUAAUUGCUUAUAAGGAAGCAUUCUAUGAUGAGCAAUCUCAAAGUUUGUGCGUAGUAAUGGAGUAUGCUGAUAAGGGUGAUUUGUAAUAGCUGAUCUAGUAACAUAUUCAUUAGAAGUAAUUUAUCUAGGAAGCUGAGAUAUGGAAAAUGAUUUACUAAAUGGCAAUUGGUAUUUAUGUGAUUCAAUUCUUAGCAUUGCGAACGUUACAUCAAAUGAAAAUUUUGCAUAGAGAUUUGAAAUCUGCGAAUGUAUUUCUACACUAGGGAAAUUAUAAAUUGGGAGACAUGAAUGUAUCUAAGGUGGCUAAAAAGGAUUUGGUUUACACUCAAACUGGAACUCCCUAUUAUGCAAGUCCUGAAGUAUGGAGAGAUUAGCCAUAUGAUGCUAAAAGUGAUAUUUGGAGUUUGGGAUGUGUUGCAUAUGAAAUGGCAGCCCUUAAACCACCAUUCAGAGCUUAAAACAUGGAAGGAUUAUAUAAAAAAGUAUAGCGAGGUUUAUACGAAAGAAUACCGCCUAAAUUUAGUGGUGAGUUAAUGACUGUAAUAGGAUUAUGCUUGCAGGUACAAAGCAAAUAAAGACCCACUUGUGCUUAAUUGCUUAACAACCCUAUUUUAUUGAGAAAUGCCAGAUAAUUUAUUAUAGAAAGUAGAGUUUCAUAACAGACGUAGUCUUCUCAAGCAGGUUCAAACAUACUCUUAUAAACUAUAAAGUUACCAAAGAAUUUAAAACAUUUGAAAGAGAAAUUACCAAAAUCAAAAUACCUAAUAGAAAGUGUCAAUAAAUCCUAUGAUGAGACAUAAGCCAAUAGUUCAUUCUUGCCAAAGAUUAACAACACUAAAGAAAUCAGACCUAAUGGUUCGGUUCCACCCAUCAAGAGUGAUAGAAAUCAAUAAUAGCAGCAUCAACAGAAUUCUUUACAUGAAGAACGAUCUAAGUCGAUUGUCAAUUCAGUCCAAUUGUUGGAAAUGGAGAGAGUUAGAUAAAAGAGACUAUUAGAAAAGUAGCAGAACUUAAAGAUCAGCAUCAUUCAUUAGAAUGCCAUUCCAUAUAUAAACAGUUCGUCGUCUUAAAUCCAAAAUUUAUAUGCCAACAAACAACACAAUACAAGAGAUUCUCAAAAAUAAUAUGUAGAAGCACCAAAACCUAUAUGGUGGGGAUGAUCAUUAAUGUAAUUAUUGUGUAGUUUCUCUUUAUAAUUAUAAUAAAA